AGGUCAACAUUUCUGAAAAGUGACCUUCAUUCGAAUUUGUUUUUCUGCUUUUAUCAACUUCAAAGCCAAAGUCUUCUUUUCUAAAGCCGUUGUUGCACUUGUACCUCUUAAAUUAUACAAUAGAUUCUGGGUGGAUUCACAAUUUGAAGUCAAACAAAUCCUUCUUUCUCUACUUUCAAUCGUUUCUUUGAAAUUUUAGUACAGCAGACGACAGGAUGCCGCAAUCAUUGAAAAGUGUCACUGUUCCCACAUCUCCUUUUGAAGGGCAAAAACCCGGUACUAGUGGACUGCGAAAGAAAGUAAAAGUAUUCAAGCAGGACAAUUAUACGGAAAACUUUGUGCAAUGUAUUUUGACAGCGAUGGGCGACAAACUGAAAGGAUCCUAUUUGGCAGUCGGAGGAGACGGAAGAUAUUAUGUCAAGGAAGCAGUGCAGAAAAUCAUUAAGAUUUGUGCUGCCAACAAGGUGAAAAAACUAGUUGUUGCUCAAAAUGGAAUCAUGUCCACUCCUGCCGUAUCUUGUUUAAUCCGAAAGAAAGGAUGUGAUGGAGGUAUCAUUUUAACUGCCAGCCACAACCCUGGUGGUGAAAAUGAAGACUUUGGAAUUAAAUUUAAUAUUUCUAAUGGGGGCCCAGCUCCAGAUGGUUGUACCAAUAGUAUCUACAAACUUUCAACUGAAAUAAAAGAGUAUUAUAUUUGUCCUGACUUAGAAUGUGAUAUUUCCAAAAUUGGAAUAAAUGACUAUUUAAUAGAAAAUGAACCAUUCAGAGUUGAAAUUAUUGAUUCUGUUGAUGAUUAUUUGGAGCUUAUGAAAGAAAUCUUUGAUUUUCCUGCCCUCAAAUCACAUAUAUCUAGUGGGUUCAAAGUUCUUAUCAACUGUAUGCAUGGAGUUACUGGACCUUAUGCUAAACGAAUUUUUGUCUCUGAACUUGGGGCCGAUGCUAACAGUGUUGUGAAUGGAGUACCAUUAGAAGAUUUUGGUGGCCAUCAUCCAGAUCCUAACCUAACAUAUGCUGCUGAUUUAGUUGAAGCUAUGAAAAAAGGUGAUUUUGAUCUAGGAGCUGCAUUUGAUGGUGAUGGUGAUCGUAAUAUGAUUUUGGGCAAAAAAGCAUUUUUUGUGUGUCCAUCAGAUUCCUUGGCUGUCUUAGCUAAUAAUUUAGAAUGCAUUCCAUAUUUCAAAAAAAGUGGAGUGAAAGGCUAUGCUAGGAGCAUGCCAACUGCAGGAGCUGUCGACAGAGUGGCUGAAGUAACUGGCAAGAAGAUUUAUGAAACUCCAACUGGAUGGAAGUAUUUUGGAAACCUUAUGGAUGCUGGAAUGUUAUCACUAUGUGGUGAAGAAAGUUUUGGAACUGGAUCAGAUCAUAUCAGGGAAAAAGAUGGCAUCUGGGCUGUCCUUGCUUGGCUAUCAGUUCUUGCAAAUAAGAAGAUGAGUGUUGAACAAAUCCUUUUGGAGCAUUGGCAAAAAUUUGGACGUAACUUUUUUACAAGGUAUGAUUAUGAAAAUUGCGAUGCUGAGCCUUGCAACAAGAUGAUUGCUGAACUGGAAGGAGUGAUGCAAAGUCAAAAAUUAAUUAAAAAAUCAUUCACAUCAUUAAAUAAAACUUACAUUGUGUCAAACAUGGACAAUUUUGAAUAUACUGACCCUGUGGAUAAAAGUGUUGCUUCCAAGCAAGGACUUCGAAUCCUAUUUGAUGAUGGUUCUCGAAUUGUUUUAAGAUUGAGUGGAACUGGAAGCAGUGGUGCUACUGUUCGUUUGUACAUUGACAGCUAUGAGAAAGAUGCUGAAAAAAUAAAGCAACCUGCUCAAGAAGUAUUGAAGCCUUUAAUCAACAUAGCAUUGGAGAUCACAAAAAUUAAAGAGUUUACCGGACGAGAUGAUCCUACUGUUAUUACAUAAAUACUUCAUGUAUAUAAAACUGUCUACUUUUUUUGUUUUGUUAUUACGAAUUACAAACUAUUAAAAAUGGAAUUACUUGUUGACUGUUAUAUUUUUAAAAUUUACUGUAGGAUUGUUUAUAGAAUUUCUAAAUUUGUUAUUUUAAAUUUUGUCAAAAAAUAUGUAUUUUAAAUUUACCAAAUAUAUUACAGAUAUAUGUUAUUGAAAAUUCCAUUAAUGUGUUCAUUUCUUUCCUUUUUAAACAGAUUUAUAUGAUGGUGCUCAAAUAAAGUGUGUAUUCAUAUCUU